GGGCGCAUGAGCGCCGCCGCCAGACCUCGAGGUAUUGUGGUUCGUAGUCUUGAGACCUUCACUUCAGCUGACUGAGUGUUGCACAGUUGCACGCGCUCGAGGAGGCUAGAACCUAGAACGGCUCACAGCUUGCUCCUGUCUGGGUGUUCUCUACCAACAUUGUUCGCUUUGGUUUAUAUGGGGCGCCUUGCGUGAGCGAGCACCUCUCUUCAAGAUGAGGCUUCUGAAACUGCUGAUGCUGCUCGCCAGCGCUAAUGCUGAUGCCAGGGUUGGCACCGCCGAGCGGGGCGUUCUGACCCCCGAGCGCAUGCUCUCCGCUCCGCGUCCCGGCUCGUCCGUCGCCUCCCCCAGCGGUAUGCUCGCGGUGGUCGGCACGUCGACGUAUGAUGCGGAUAGCGAGACAACCAAGAAAGCGCUCCACCUCGUUCAUGUACCAGCCUCUUCGCACGACGAUGUGGGACCGAUCCAGACAAUCGUGCACAACACGACUGCUGGCUUCUUCCUCUCCAAUAGCGAGGUAGUGUAUGUGCUAGAAAACGCGGAGACAAGCGAGCAGCACCUCUUCUACAAGGAUAUCUCGCGUUUUUCAGGAGGCAACUUGGCGGAUGCAGGAGCGAGCGAUGCCGGUAUUCACAUCGGCACAUUCCCGGCCCCUGUCGAGAACAUCAAGGCAGUACACAGCUCUGAUGCCAGCAGCGCGACGCUGGUAUUCUCUGCCACUGUCUACGAUGUCGAUGGCGACCUGUCCAAGGUGCGCGAACACGAUGAGAGCCCCGAGGAGGAGCUCUGGCAAGAAGUCAAGGUGUACGACAACGCCAUGGUCAGGCACUGGGACCGCUUUGUGUCUCCGCACAAGCGCUCGCAGUUAUUUAGUGUCGAACUGAAGCGCGACCAGGAAAACAAGUGGGCGUUCGCAAGCGAGUUCAGGAAUCUCCUCCGUGGCACCAAGCUUGAGGCACCCAUCCCGCCGUUUGGAGGCGCUGAUGAUUUCCACGUCAGUGCUGAAUGGGUCGUGUGGACGAGCAAGGACCUGGAUCUGCCCAAUGCUUGGCACACAAAGACCAACAUCUAUGUCGCGCCUCUGAAAGGCGGCGCCGCUCCCGUUGAGCUUUCUAGCGGAACACACGGUGCCAUCUCUUCCCCCGUGUUCAAUCGCGACGGGACGCAGCUUGCCUGGCUGCAGAUGGCCAUCGACGGCUUUGAGUCGGAUCGGCGGCAGAUUGUCCUGUACAAUCUCUCUUUCAAUGAAGCGAGGGAUCUGAAGAAAGGCAGACAGAAUUUCGUCUUGCCUGGUUGGGAUCGCAGUCCGACCAAGUUGCACUUCAGCUAUGACGGCAAGAAGCUGCUGGCGCUCGCAGAGGAAGAAGAACAUGAAAAGGUUUUCGAGAUCGAACUUUCGGACACGGAAGGCGAACCAAGCGUGCUUAUCGAUGCCGUCGGUGUAUCCAGUCUACAGGUGCUCCCAGGCGGUCGCUUCCUCGUAACAGGCUCGACUUUGCAGUCUUUGCCAGAGGUCUACGUCCAAGAGCAUGGGUCCGACGGCGAGCAUUCGCCGCUCAAGGGCAAACAGAGACAGCCAUCGGGUCCACACCUGCGCAAGCUCACUCACUUCAACGACGCACUCGCCGAUGUGGAGUUUGGGCCCAAGCCGCAGCAGUUCAGUUACUCUGGCGCCAACGGACGCCCGGCGUACGGCUGGAUCCACUUCCCCGCCGGCUUUGACGCGUCGAAAGCGAGAAAGCACAGCUACGCGCUCAAAGUGCUUAUCCACGGCGGGCCUGAAGGCUGCUGGAGCAACAGCUGGUCCACGCGCUGGAACCCGGAGGUGUUCGCAGCUUCUACUCCCGAGGGAGACGCCGCGGGACAGGGAAGCAUUGUUAUCACGCUUGAUCCGGCCGGUUCAACGAGCUUUGGCCAGGCGUACCAGGAGGAGAUCCUGAACAAUUGGGGCGGAAGCCCAUACCAGGACAUCAUCGCGGGCGUGCAGUAUAUCCUCAACGUGUACGAUCAAAUUGACCCAGAGCGUAUUGUCGCGGCAGGUGCAAGCUACGGUGGUUACAUGAUCAACUGGCUCCAGGGCCACAACCACAAUGGGCUGUUCAAAGGCCUUGUCAAUCACGAUGGCGUCUUCAGCACUCUCGACACCUUCUUCUCUACCGACGAACUCUAUUUCCCCGAGCACGAGUACUCGGGCACUCCCUGGGAGCAGCGUGAGGCGUAUGAGCGCUGGAACCCUGUGAACCACCUUGCCAACUGGAACACGCCGAUGCUCGUCGUGCACGGUGCAAAGGACUACCGCCUGACCGAGGCGCAAGGACUGUCGGCAUUCAACGUGCUGCAACGUCGUGGCGUGCCGAGCAGGUUCCUCCAUUUUGCAGAGGAGAACCACUGGGUGCGGAACCCGCGCAACUCGCGCAUCUGGCACAGCGAGGUGCUUGGAUGGCUGAAUCAGUGGGCCGGCAAAAACUCGGCGGCGGUGAAAGGAGACAAGCCGGCCGACGCGCUGGUCUACGAACAAGCGCAGCAACUUGUUAUCCAGCAAUGAACCCUUGGAGGCGUGUUCGUGGCAUGGAAGAAAUGCGAGCCUAUGCAUUGGAAUACAGAAGCAUCGAUUCCGAUCACAUACAAAGCACAUCAGAUCCCCGUCGUAACAUAACACACGCGCAUAGUAGUACAUGAAAGGCAAUACGAUCAAUUGACGAGCUGCG